CGUGCGGGGAAGAAUGAGGAAGAAGUCCGCUCUCCAGCGCGCCUUGUCCCAACAAAUGCGGGUUUGCUGAUGAAGCGCCGCUCCAGUCACCCGAUCAUACAGGUCGCUCGGGUCACGCUGCGUGGAAACGAGGAGUAGGCAACAGCUGACAAACGGCAACAAAUAAAAAAAGAAUAAUAAAAAAACUGUCAGUGCAUGGGAAUCCGAACUCAUCACCCCUCCUUCUGCGCGUCCCGGUCGGUGGAUAGAUACGCCGUCUUGGCUUGCGUAUAAGAGCUGCCUGCGCCUCCAUUACCAUUCUCCACCACCACCACCACCACUGCUGCUGCUGCUGCUCCUGCUGCUGUAGUAAAUCUGCGACCACUUCUCCUCUUCUCACUUAUUUUACUCCACUGCUGCCUUUACUACAAACGGCUCCUCUCCGGAUUGCGGACACUCUCUAAACAGAAAGGUUGAAGAUCCUCAUUAAUUGUCUCCUCUCAGUGCUGAUCUGGACAUCACCAUGGGUCGCAGGGAUCGCCCCUCCAUCCUGACCCCUGCCCUGAGGCUAGUAGUCGUCACAGUCCUCCUCCUCGUUCAGAUCCAGCCCUCACUGGCUGGUGCCCCCCCUGAGCCGAACUUGGGCGGCUCAGUGUCGGCAGUAUCCACGAAUAAAACGGAAUGCUCCUUGGCUCAGCGUUGCAUGAGGGGCGUGGUCCUACCUAUCUGGGAGCCCCAAAAUCCAUCAUUUGGUGACAAGGUUGCUCGGGCAACAGUUUACUUUGUCGCUAUGGUCUACAUGUUCUUGGGUGUGUCGAUCAUUGCUGACCGCUUCAUGGCUUCAAUAGAGGUCAUCACGUCGCAGGAAAAGGAAAUCACCAUCAAGAAACCAAAUGGGGAAACCACGACCACUACUGUUCGAAUCUGGAACGAGACCGUCUCCAACCUCACCCUCAUGGCUCUGGGCUCUUCGGCUCCUGAGAUCCUACUGUCUGUCAUAGAAGUCAUUGGUCAUGGGUUCGAGGCUGGCACACUGGGCCCCUCCACCAUUGUGGGCUCUGCCGCGUUUAACAUGUUCGUCAUUAUCGGGCUUUGUGUGUACGUUGUGCCUGACGGCGAGACGAGGAAGGUCAAGCACCUGCGCGUCUUCUUCGUCACGGCCACCUGGAGUAUUUUCGCCUACAUUUGGCUCUACCUCAUCCUGUCUGUGAUCUCGCCCGGUGUUGUGCAGGUGUGGGAGGGGCUGCUAACGUUCUUUUUCUUCCCCAUCUGUGUGUUGUUCGCCUGGGUGGCCGACCGCCGCCUGCUGUUCUACAAAUACGUGUACAAGCGCUACCGCACGGGAAAGCAGCGUGGCAUGAUCAUUGAGACAGAGGGCGAUCGUCCACUUCCCUCUAAGGUGGAUAUUGAGAUGGAUGGCAAGAUGCUGAACUCCCAUGGUGUUGACUUCCUCGACGGUCCACUCGGUUUGGAUCUAGAUGAGAAGGAUCUGGAUGAGGAGGAAACCCGCAGAGACAUGGCCAAGAUCCUGAAGGAACUCAAACAGAAACACCCUGACAAAGAGGUGGAACAACUUAUUGAGCUUGCCAACUACCAAGUCCUUAGCCAGCAGCAGAAGAGUCGUGCUUUCUAUCGCUGCCAGGCCACCCGGCUGAUGACAGGUGCUGGCAACAUCCUGAAGAAACAUGCAGCCGAUCAGGCACGGAAGGCAGUCAGCAUGCACGAGGUUCGCUCCGAUGUCGGCGAUAAUGACCCCAUCUCCAAGAUCUUCUUUGAGCCUGGUUCUUACCAGUGCCUUGAGAACUGUGGCACAGUGGCGGUGAAUGUGGUGCGGCGUGGCGGUGACCUGGGCAAAACUGUUUCUGUGGACUACCGGACGGAGGACGGAACCGCUAAUGCCGGCUCCGACUACGAGUUCACCGAGGGUGUCGUCUUCUUCAAGGCCGGCGAGACACUGAAAGAGAUCCGUGUGGGGAUCAUUGAUGAUGACAUCUUUGAGGAGGAUGAGAACUUCCUGAUUCACCUGUCCAACGUCAAGGUGUUGUCAUCAGAAGGCGAAGAGCCCGAGGAAGGCGAGUCAGCUAAUCACAUGGACUCGGUGGCCUGUCUCGGCUUACCCGCCACGGCUACCGUUACCAUCUUCGAUGACGACCACGCCGGUAUCUUUACGUUUGAGGAGCCUGUAUGCCAUGUGAGCGAGAGCAUUGGCACCAUGGAGGUGAAGGUGCUGAGAACGUCUGGGGCUCGCGGCGUGGUCACGCUGCCGUACAAGACAGUGGACGGGACCGCGCGAGGCAGCGGAGAGGACUUCGAAGACUGUCAUGGAAUCCUGGAAUUUCAGAACGAUGAGAUCUUGAAGACCCUAACCCUUAGGAUCUUAGACCGUGAGGAGUACAAUAAGCAGUCCUCCUUCUACGUUGUGCUUGACAUCCCCCAAUGGAGACGCAGCGGAAAGGAAUGGACAGAGGAACAGCAGAAGGAAGAGGCGGAGGAAGAGGAGGGCCUGACGGGAAAAGACGAGGAGGAGCGCCGCAUCGCCGACAUGGGCCGUCCAAUGCUGGGAGACCAUGUCAAGCUGGAGAUCAUCAUAGAGGAGUCAUAUGAGUUCAAGAACACAGUGGACAAGCUGAUAAAGAAGACCAACCUGGCUCUGCUGGUUGGAACCAACAGCUGGAGAGACCAGUUCAUCGAAGCCAUCACUGUGAGCGCAGGUGAGGACGACGACGACGACGAGUGCGGAGAGGAGAAGCUGCCGUCCUGCUUCGAUUAUGUCAUGCACUUUCUCACCGUCUUCUGGAAGGUUCUGUUUGCCUUCGUCCCGCCCACAGACUACUGGAACGGCUGGGCCUGUUUCGUUGUCUCCAUCUGCAUGAUCGGACUGCUCACCGCCGUCAUUGGAGACCUUGCCUCUCAUUUUGGCUGCACAGUGGGCCUGAAAGACUCCGUCACAGCAGUGGUAUUCGUCGCACUGGGAACCUCUGUACCAGAUACCUUUGCCAGUAAAGUUGCUGCUAUCCAGGAUCAGUAUGCCGAUGCAUCCAUUGGUAAUGUGACAGGCUCCAAUGCCGUCAAUGUUUUCCUGGGUAUCGGGGUGGCAUGGUCAAUCGCUGCCAUCUACCACCAUAUCAAGGGGGAGGAGUUCAGGGUGGACCCCGGCAAACUGGCCUUCUCCGUCACCCUCUUCACCAUCUUUGCAUUCGUCUGCGUUGGCACACUGAUGUACCGACGGAAGCCAGAGAUCGGGGGAGAGUUAGGUGGGCCUCGGACUGCGAAGGUCCUGACCACGAUGCUGUUCGUAAGCCUGUGGCUCCUCUACAUCCUCUUCUCCUCACUGGAGGCCUACUGUCACAUCCAGGGCUUCUAAGACGUCAGGAGAUGAUGGAAGGGAAGGGUGCGACAGAAGGAGAAUUUGAAAGGAGAAACCAAUGGUUUGCGGGUGAGGGGAUAGAAUUCGGAAUUUAAGACUGUCUCGUUGAUCAGUCACACCCUCCCUUUACGCAAUAGAUUAAAUGAGGGAUGAAUGGAUGGAUGUACAUAUGAAGGCAUGGCGGACGCAUUAAAGCAUCUUAAAAGAGAAUGGAAAGAAGUACACAUAUAAUGAAGGACAACAGCAAAUAGGAGAAACAUGAGAACUAUAGAAAUGGCUCAGAAGAUGGAGAAAUAUUUUAAAAACUAAGGAAUCACAUUUUUUGCUUUCGUUCCAUAAAUUCAAACCAAUCAAGUUGACUUGAAACCAUCCCGGUUUUAAAUACAUCUGCAAUGUUGCAAACACAGAAAUAAAUACACACAGUUUAUUCAGCCAUACAGAAACUUGACAAAGUCUUAACAACGUGAGGAGGGAGAAGCAAGAAGGGACCGACACACCAUCGCAGCUACUUGUACGCGUGGCUUUAACAACGGCAUCUCCCAUUAAUCCCCUUUCUUUGGAGUCGCGCUUCUCCCUUAUCCAGCUGCAGUGACAGGCACAAGUAGGACCGAAAAAGACCAAGUAACUGUAUCAGUAUGUGUGUGUGCAUGAUCUGGACGUGAAGAUCCUGGAAACACAGUCAGAAGAAAGUCGGAUGAUAUUGACACAACUGUUUAACGACAACAAACUGUGAGAGAGUGCUGGUGUGUGACUGUGUUUCUGUGCUUGUGUGUUGUGAGAAGAUGGUCAAGUACUGUGAAGAAGAAAAAGAAGCCUCUCCUUCGCUGUCUCUGCAUGAGACGUGCUUUUAUUAGUUUCAUUAGUCUUUUUGACACUCUCUCUCUCUCUCUCUCUCUCUCUCUCUCUCUCUCUCUCUCUCUCUCCUAGCCUGUAGAAACGCUUAGUAGGAGGGCACUUUCAAUGAAGCAAAAUGUUUUUGAUCAUUGAGGUUAAAAAUGUAAAUAUGAAGAGCUCAACGUACACUACAGCUCUACUACUUUCCAUCUGAAUGUCCUGGUUAUGCCAUGCUCUCCUGAAUGGGCCCUCUUUCUGUUGAUUUAUACUGUAGAUGUAAAUGAUUUAAGGUCUAAUUUUAAUCAAGAAGGGUUAGUGUGCUUUUACCUUUAAUAAGGCCACGUCUGAAAAGACAAAAAUGGCCGCUGUACCGUUUAAAACUGUUAGAGAAAUGAUUAUCAUUGCAUUAAUAUCUAGGUUAAUAUUACGUGUGUUUGUAUUUUUUUAUCCGCGGAAUUCUGUUGCCUGGUUUUCCGCCAGUGCAAUUGCCACCGUCAUGUGUCAAUCUCUAACAUUGCAAUAGACUUUGAGAAAUGUAAGUACCGCCCUCAGCGUAACGUCAUAUUCGUGAACUGCCUCUGUUAUCAUUAGUCUCACUUUGAUGCCGCUUUCCCCAUUGGUUCACUUGACCACUUUGGUCAUUAUCCCAGUGUGUCUUGAGCACCUCCCGCUGGCUGGUCAGUGGACCAAUCAAAAUCCUCAAGGGCUUUAUAAGAAACCAUUAAUCCCUUACCCUGAUCCCUGGUUUAUGAUUCUACAUAGAGAUUGGCCCUUAGGGGCCUGUUUAACAGGGAUUUGUAUUCCCCGACCUUAUACAUCACCUGCGUAGUUUGUUAGGACUUUGCUUCAGUGUGAGUUACACAGCUUCAUUACAGCAUUGCCAGUCCAAGUAUCCAGAGUUACCCAAAUGUCAUAAAAGAAGACAAGGCUUCAACCUUUUCUGGUUAACUGCAGUCCGCCUUAUUCCAAAUGAAACCAUGCAUGGUAUGUUCUUCCCUAGUCUGCCUCCACUACUCUAGCCUUGAAAUCUUUAACUCUUUAGUGGCCAGUUUCCAUAGCAAACACCUGAGAAUUAUUUUCAAUGGUAUUUUCUGUUAGUGGAGAGAGUUAAAUCUGAUCAGACUCUAACUCUGUAACAAGCUCGUAGAGGUUUGGAGAAUCUUGUAGAACCAAAAUCUUCAUACAAUGAUUUAAAUCGCUGCAUGUUAGAAAACAUCCAACCCCAGAAGCUGCACCUUUGGCACCUGUCUUGCAAAGUGAGUUCAACUCCUUUAAGUCCAGCUUUCUGGGUUUUCUGGCUUCUUAUGAAGCUCCUGUUAAUGGCAAGAAUGUGUAGAGAUAAUGAGUCUAUUUGCCCAGUGAGGUGAUGAUAAGUAGCUGUGCCGGUAAAAAAGGUCAACCAUUGAGUUCAGUCCAGUGUUUCUCACUAUAAUGGCACAGGCUGGCAUAAGUUCUACAAAGAAGUUCUCUGCUGUGUGAUCUAGAAUGGCUUAAAAGGGCAACUUGAGGUUUUGAAAACACUGGGUGUGUUGUUAUGGGACAAUAGCUGGCAAACACUAUCUCAAGCAACAGCCAAAGUUCUUUGAAAAUCUUUCUCAAGCACUAGGCAAGCUAAAUUAAUCAAAACCCGCUUUAAAGAGCAUAAGAACCCAAACCAGAACACUGAACUUUCCAGUGAGCAGUUAACUCACAACACACUGACUGACAUUACAUAGCACUAACUGCUAGGAAACAUUUCCUGACUAUCAUUGGUAGACUAGUGUGUCCUGAAAUAUGUGUAGAAUAUGAAUCUAUUUCGACUAUCAGAGAGGUUUACACUUCAGACUGUUAACUAUUUUACUUCUUCAGCUAAAACUACAAAGAUCUCAAUGUACAAUAACCAUAUUGUAUAUGUUGGCAUUCAAAAAGUCCAUAGUUAAAAUGGCACUACACUGUAUGCAUCUGAAUUGGCCAGAAUUUUCCUGCUGAAAUUGUAUUUUUUUCUUGAUGUAUAUUAUAAUAAGUAGUUUUUCGGUUUUUUAAAAUGUCAUCUGUUAAGUUAGUCAUCUGGCUGAGUGCAAUCUAUCUGAAACUUGGCUACAAUCUUGUCACUGACUUUCAACCCCUGUGAGAGUAGAGCAGGGACAAGGCCUGAUUUGGAUGAGCUUGACAAAUACUUAAGUGUCUUGAGGAAAAAUAAAUAGAAAAAUACAUUUCUGAUACACCUAUGGAGCAAAGAACCAGGAUAACUGAUAGUGUUUCAGCAGCUGUUGCUACAUGGCUCUACAUGGCUCACACACUGACAUCCAGCCAAUCUCACACUUCUAGUAAACCCUCUGUUUUUGAAGAACCUUUUGACUAAAUUCCCCUUUGACAGACGUAAUGAAAGAUAAAUGACAUCUAGCAUUGCUUACAUUUGCCAAAUUCUGCACAAUGUACCAGCUCACCGUUAGGGUAGCUGUUCUCGUGUGAAGGCCUUGGAGUGGCAGUUUACCCCUGUUUUUGCCAAAGGGAAAUCUUUCUAUCAGAAACUUGAUAUUUGCAGUUCGACCCAUGGAGGGGUUUUAUAACCAGUGGAUCUUUCUUAAAAACGCCAAAUAUUAUUCACAUUUCAUCACCACUCCGAAAAGAGACUGAAAAUACGCCUUGAUAUUGUUUUGACGCUAAUUAACGAAUCUUUCUAUUUAAAUUUGUAUGCAUUUGUCUCUUCACUGGCAUGGAGCUGAAGGUUUAUACACUGUAAAAAAAAAUAAUAUACUAGCUUGUGCAAGAAAAAAGAAAUAGUAAAAGCUGUUUGCAUCACUUUUUGACUAACUCUAACACAGUGUAUUAUAUUCUCUUUGAUAUAACUACAUCAUGUUGGAUUUACUUAAAAUAGCCUGCUGCCUAAUUUGUCAGAGUGAAUUUGUGGAGGACUUGGAGGAAGUUUGCAGUAAUGUGCUUGUUCACAUUGAGUUAGUUUGCUGCAUACAGACGCUAACACUUUUCAUUUAAUGGGCGUUAGCUGUUUUGCUACACCGGCUUUGUUGCACCACCUCUCUCUACCUUAUCUUUGAAGCUAGUCUGACGUGAUGCUAAUGGCAAAUUAGCGACAGCUGUUCAAACCCCACAGGGUCCGGACCAAGUUGAGAAGCUAAAUUGACACAAUUGAAACGACUCAAAGAGUCAAACAUGCUCCAAAAGAUUUAGCUUCCUACCUUGGUUUGGACAGGUCAAAGGUUAAACAGCUAGGCCAUCGCUGUACAUAACAGUUUAACACCGAGCUAAACAAACGACAUUGCAGUAGUGUUUGUUUUCAUCCUUCUGUGAUGGGGUUUGCACUGGUUCUUUCUGCUUGUGUGAAACGGCUGCUAUGUUGUUUCAUUAACAGCGUUGCUUCGGAUGUAAACAACAGUAGAGAUUUUUUUUUUCCGCUUUCGUUUUUUUUUGACUCUUUAAUGUACACAAUAAUAAUGUUGUACCUGAUGUAAGAAAAAAAAAAUUCAAUGGUGUUGAAUCAGUCGUGACGUCGCUUCUAAUGUAAAGAUUGAUGAUGCGUCUCCGUUGCCUCGUUUGCCUCUUAACUGCCUGUCUGUCUGACAGACUGAGGAGCGACAGACAGACAAAUGAACUAAAGGGAGGACAAAGCGUCCUGCUGGAGCAAUUAAUGUACUGUUAAG